AAGUGCAACUAUCUUCACACGAUUAUUAACUAUACUGUCUUUGUUUUUGAGUGAAGCUGGUUUCAGUUUAUUCAAAGCAUUGAUUUAUGGAGAGCAAUACGGAACUAAGAAAAGCUCUCAACAUUCAGAAAUAAGGUGAAAUUUGUAGUGAUAAAAACGUGUUCCGGGAAGGAUAACAAACUAAUAAACGGGUUAUUUGCGAGCUUGAAUUACUUUCGGAUCGCAUAAUGAGUGGCGUUAGAAGUGGCCCAAUGGGGGGAAAAAGUACGCUCCCGAAAAAAGACUCUACGAAACAACAAGGAGUCGUAUUGUUGAACGGUCUUCCCCUUAGAACGACUUACCUUGCCAACUGUCGGCUAUGUUUGAGCGACCGGCUUGGCAAAGGUAGCAUCAGCAUUAUGGAUAAACAAUUUACAAUCAUGUUGAACCAUGUAUUUCGCUUUCCGAUUGCGUUUAAAAAAGGAUUAUCUAUGAAGGUUUGCACGGAAUGUUACAAAGGAGUGGAGCGGUUCUACGGAUACACUUAUAAAGUGUUGGGUAAUCAGAAGACGCUGGAAGAAACAAUGAUCCCAGACCAACUUUCGAAGCAGAGUAACAGUUCGGUUCACGCACGAGCAAGACAUUCCGAUACGAAUCGAGGAAAAGGGAAGUCGGGUGUGAUAGAAAUAGCUAGUUAUGACGAACUUAAAAAAUCAAAGGAUGAUAACAUGAUCGAUGUCGAUAUGCAAUGUGAAUCUGCAUCAGACGAUGAAGAAGACAGACGAGAUGCAUCUUCGCAACCUUCAAAUUACGAAACCACACAAACGCAUUUCGUAGCGGUUCCAGCGUUAGAAGAUAUUUUCCUUGUUAUGGACAGUGAUGGUAAUGAGUGUAUCAAAAAAACAUACACGAAGCCAGUGGAAGAUGCACCGUUUGUGAUAGAACUUAUAUCCGCAAGCGAUGAUGAAUAUGAAGAGAGUGCAGAAAAUGAGAGCAUAACAAAUUCAAAUAAUCGAACAAGGAAUGCAAAUCUAAUUCCGGGUACGAUUCGAAAAUCGCAGUCCAAUGCAGGAACUUCGUCCCAACCAUUUGCUGCUAUUGGAAGAACUGUUACCAAAUUAGACAAACCAAAAAAUAAUGUUCCUGGUUUCGUAACUUUGAUUGAUUUAGCAAUAAUUAGAAAUGGAUCUACCGAUGCUGGAAUAUCUCCGAAGAAUAGUACAACAACCGCACUGGAGUCCAGAUGUAGUGUGCGUAAUACAGAUAAGCUACAGAAUACUUCAAAUUCGGUUUUUCACUUUCCAAGGCGCUCAUUCAACUAGAAAACCAUUAGUAUUUAAGCUGAGACAGUUAAAACUAGAGAAUUACACGGAUCAUGCCCUAAACUACUCAAUAAGAGAAGGAAGUUCUGUAUAUGGUUCAGUGCCUAUCGAACGUGACCUGCUAGUGUCUGAAUGUAUGUCCUCUUCACAAACUUCAGCAAAACCAAUGAAAAACAAUAUAAAAUGUGAUCUGUUGUAUUUUGUAAA